UUCUUGUUUUUCCAUGAUUCAUGCUUGACUCAGGAGGGGCCUCGCCUAGAUGACUCCUAGCGAGGCUUGGGCCUGACCACACAGACGAUCCACAGGUCCAACCACGAGAGAAUUCUUUUUUUAAAAUUUAUUUUAUGAAUAUUUUAUCUAUUGAUCGUAUCUGGGUUUAGUAAAGCUGUGUGACAUCAUUGGCCGUGUCUAAUGUUGUUAGUUGCGUGAAAAGUAUAAAGCCCGCACCUAUUGCUCUAGUUUCAUGUUUCUAGACUUUAUCUCCCUCGUUAGUCCUGGGACGGACUGACUGAGGCUGGACGUCUUUAUUAAUAUUUUUUUUUGGUACAUAAUGUUUCUAGAUUACAUUCUAUUACCGCAUAAAGUUCGCGAGAUACAUGCCCUGUUUAAUUUCCAUGUGGUGCAAUAUUACAAGGGAUGAGGUCCCCGAAGACGAGAACUCCAAAUGGGUGGGUUGUCGCUUCCUUCCCUUCUAGGGGUGGGACCGACAAGAAAUCUUACCGUUGCACGGAUCCCACCAAUAGCAUUGCCGUUUAGCAGAUCCGAUACGCCAUCUCCACCAAUAGCGUUGACAUCACCGGAGGCGCAUUUGUACGCGGUCCCCUCGUCAUUCCGUCCGUGCUGCCUCUGUAGCUUUCUCUUCUCCCUCCCGAGUCCCACUUACCUACCCUUUUAAAAAACUAGGCGCGACUAUUUGAUUCCAGAGGUCCUCUUUUGGUAGAAUCUCUCUCUAGCUAGUUCGCUGGCGCAGCGUCCGAUGGGCGCAGUAGCCACCAGGACAGCAUGCGCCUGCGGCUGCAAGGCAGACGAUGCUUUCCUCUGCCACGCCCAAGAUGUCUCCGUGCAUUCCAAGAAUCCGCUCGAUUGCAGUCACUGCCGCAUCCGCAUAAGCACCGCUUCGUCGUCACCAUCCUCGUCGUUGCAUAUAUGGGAGGAUGAUGAUUUGCACGAGCAAGGAAAUCCCGAGUGGCUCCACCUCCAUGGUUUUAUGUGCAAGCCUCGAACCCUUCGACGAGGCCGGAAGCCGAGCAAUAGAACUGCCAAAGAAGAGGGUAAUCUUAAUGUAGUGCCGGCCUUCGAGGAGGACGACAUGUCAGCGGAGGAGAACCUCCAAUCCACCAAGGUGGUACAGCAGCAACGGAUGAUUCACUGCGUACCGAUCUUCGACCCUGCUGUCCUGGUCGAGUUCUUCUCGCAGCUUCAUCCUCAGCUAGAGGCAAUCGAAGAGAAUGACUCCUCGAGAGCAGAGGUUCAGGUUGUAAAGCACGACCAAAUGGCCUCCAUGGGUCGCCUUGAUUACUGCUUGGACCUCGAGAAGCUUGAGCCGGACAUGGAAACCUUGCUCGGAGUUGGAUGCGACGGAUACGCUAAAAAAGAUGAAUACAGGGCAUCUGCCGACGGCCCAGGUGAGACGACAAGGAGGAUGUUACUGAGAUUGGACUACGAUGCUGUCAGUGACGCAUGGUCGUCCAGUAACAUCGGGUGCUCUCCGUGGACGGACGGUGAAAGGCCGCAGUUCGAAGACACAUGGCGAGACUUUUUCGCGGUACGGUAUCAGGUCAAUGGAAGAGGAGAUCAUGAGGGGGUCGGUGGAGUGUACCGGCUGGACCGUCGGGUGGUGGGCGUGGAAGGGAGGGAGGCGCGGGUGUGGAGGUACCGGGAGAAGCGGCGGACAAGGCUGUUCUCCAAGAAGAUCCGGUACGAAGUGAGGAAGCGAAACGCGGAGAAGAGGCCAAGGAUGAAGGGCCGCUUCGUCGGAGUGCAGAACUAGCAGCGCCGCCAGAUUAAUUCCUUUAUUACCCUGCCGGUGAAAUUCCAGUAGUGGAAAUUGUAUUUUAUGAUUGAUAUCCAUAUGAUAAAUGUUUAGGCAAGUAACAUAGAGGCUAAUAUUCCUUUAAUCUUA